AUUAUUAUAACUUAAAAGAAUAUUGCGCUUUCCUUUUAGGCUGUUUCUCACCAACAUUUUUGGGAUAGUGUUCCUGGGGAACAGUUUAAAGAACCGCACGGCACAUGAGAUGCAUCUCUUCCAAACCAUAGGAAAAAUUCAAUGCCCAACUGGGUUUGAUGAACCUUCUUUUAAAUCCUUUUGGGUUAUGUUAAAAACUGUAUUUUUACUCCCACAUUUGACUUCUAAACUGCGAACAGUACGAGCAUCCUUUCAAUCUUAACAUAUUUCUUCGGAUUUCCUUCAGAGAAAAUCUCGUUGCCAUUUUUCUUCCUGGAACAUCUUUUUUGUUCUGCUAGAUUCUGCUUCGGACUGCGAGAGAUAAAGGGUGUCUUUCUCCAAUAGAUUAUGAACUUACCCGAAAAGAGAGAAAUAAAGGAAGGAAAGAAGGGAGGGAGGGUGUGCAUAAUCGUUUCUGUAAUUUUAAUAUAGCUGCUUUUGAGCGAAUUAGGAUCUUUGCUGAUCUGGGUCUCAUCUGCUUCAACCAUUUCUGCAGGUUUUGGGUUUUUGAAGGGUGAGUCACGCUUCCACUAAUAGAUUCUCUUCGUCUUUUGCUUUAACCCGAGGCUGGAAUUAAAAGUUAUAUCUGAUGAAUUUAAUGGGCAUGUUGAGCUGGAAGAAUAUAUCUUUAUCUCUUUCCCUUCUCUGCGAGUGUAUGCUAUGUUGAUUUGAGGUGACGAGAGCAUUUGACGUUCUGUCAAAUCCUUUUUUUUUUAGUUGAAAUGCCUGUAUAUCGAUUUGCUUGGAGACAUAAUCGGAGUAGAGCACAUGCAAUUCUAGAUAUAUGGCCAGAGAGUGAAAAUGAAGAUAUAGAUCAUGCCAUUCAACUCUCUCUUUUAGAAGAAAGUCAAAAGGGAAAAAAUGUGAUUGAUUGUGAUUUUCCAUUGGAGGAUGAUGAACAACUUGCCCGAGCUCUACAAGAAAGCCUAACUGUGGAAUCUCCUCCCCAAUAUGGAUAUGGAAAUGUUUAUCAACCUGCCCCAAUUUACUUCCCUCUGGGGUUAAGGAUAUGUGGUGGUUGCUACACUGAGAUUGGUUAUGGGCGAUAUCUUAAUUGUCUCAAUGCAUUUUGGCAUCCUGAAUGCUUCCGGUGUCGUGCUUGCAACCUGCCCAUCUCUGAUUACGAGUUCUCUACUUCUGGGAGUUAUCCAUACCAUAAAUCUUGCUACAGGGAGAAUUACCACCCAAAAUGUGACGUUUGCAAGCUCUUUAUUCCAACAAAUCCUGCUGGUCUAAUUGAAUAUAGGGCACAUCCAUUUUGGGUUCAGAAAUACUGCCCUUUUCAUGAACAUGAUGGCACUCCUCGGUGUUGCAGCUGUGAGCGAAUGGAGCCACGAGAGACGAGAUAUGUUGCCCUUAAGGACGGUCGGAAGCUCUGUCUAGCGUGUCUGGAAUCUGCAAUUAUGGAUACCGUUGAUUGCCAACCCCUAUAUAUUGAUAUACAACAAUUUUAUGAAGGUCUAAAUAUGGAAGUGGAGCAGCAAAUUCCAUUACUCUUGGUUGAGAGACAAGCACUAAAUGAAGCAAGAGAAGGAGAAAAGAAUGGCCAUUAUCACAUGCCUGAGACCAGAGGGCUAUGCCUUUCUGAGGAGCAAACUAUCAGCACUAUUUUAAGGCGACCAAGGAAUGGUACAGGAAAUCGAGCUAUGAAGAUGAUAACAGAGCCCUACAAACUAUCGCGUCGAUGUGAGGUUACUGCAAUUCUCAUAUUGUAUGGUCUUCCAAGGUUGCUUACCGGAUCAAUCCUAGCUCAUGAGAUGAUGCACGCAUGGCUGCGUCUUAGAGGUUACCCGAAUCUCAGUCAAGAUGUCGAGGAAGGUAUCUGUCAGGUUCUAGCUCACAUGUGGUUGGAAUCCAAGCUCACGUCUGGAUCAGGCAGCAAUGUUGCAUCAACCUCAUCAUCUGCUUCCACCGCACCCAAAAGCGGUACGACAUCUCUAUAUGAAAGAGAGCUUGGGGAGUUCUUCAAACAUCAGAUCAAAUCAGACAUUUCUCCGGUGUAUGGAGGCGGAUUCAGAGCCGGUCAACAGGCAGUGCAUCAAUAUGGUCUUCAGGAGACCCUUAACCAAAUAUGGAUGACAGGGAGAUUUCCUUAUUGAUGCCUAGCUCCCUGGAUUUCUAAUGUGCAUCUCUUUUCUUUCCACUGAGUCUGAAGGUUGUUGGCCUUUUCAUAUUUUAGAUCCCCCAAGGCCAAAUCGCGUAGAAGCAACUCUCUGUAGAAUAUUUCUUGAGAAAGUACUAAUUUUAUUCCA